AUGCCGCGCGGCUUCCUCGUCAAGCGCAGCCGGCGCCCCGGUGGCUCCUACCGGGCUCGCCCGCGGGAGCAGGACCCAGACCGGGACCCGCCGCCCGCCCCUCCGCCGCCGCCGCCCCCGCCGCCCUCCGAGGAGGGCGCCGCCGCCGCUUGCCCCGCGACGUGGCCCCCCGGCGGCGGCUGCAGCGGCCCCGGGGUCACCCCGCCGGAGGGUCCGGCCGCUUGGGGGGCGACGGGGCCGUGCAGCGUGGCGGGGCCGCGGGCGGCUCUUUUCGAGCGGUGCCUCAGCUCCCCCGCCUCCGCCGAGUCCUUCCCCCUGGCCGCCUCCUUUCCGCCCGCCGAGAAGCUGCUGCUGCAGCCGCGCACACCCCUGCCCGCCCCGCCGCCGCCGCCGGUGCCCGCGCUGAAGCGGCCGUCGCGGGCCAAGACGCCUGCCAAGAAGGGCAAGGCCACGCGGAAGCUGAGCUUCGCCGACGAGGUGACCACCUCGCCCGUGCUGGGGCUGCGCAUCAAGGAGGAGGGGCCCGAGGGCCGGCCGGGACCGCCGGCGGGGCGCACGCCGCUGGGCGAGUUCAUCUGCCAGCUGUGCAAGGAGCAGUACGCGGACCCGCUGGCGCUGGCCCAGCACCGCUGCUCCCGCAUCGUGCGAGUCGAGUACCGCUGCCCCGAGUGCCACAAGAUCUUCAGUUGCCCCGCCAACCUGGCAUCUCACCGCCGCUGGCACAAGCCGCGUCCCGGCCCCAGCGCCGACGGCGCCGCCGCCGCCCCGCCGGGCAAGGAGAACAGCCCUGAGCGGCGACUCCGCGGCCCCGCCGCGCCCCCUCCACAGCCCCCGCCGCCGACCCGUCAGCACCGCGGCGGCGCGGACAGCGCCGGUGGCGCCCCGGCCGCCCCCGGCCCCGGCCUCGGCCCCGCUCACGGCGGCGCUCCCGGCCCCGGCGGGGAGGCGUUCGCUUGUCCCUGCUGCCAGAAGCGCUUCCGGCGGCAGGCUUACCUCCGCAAGCACCUGGGCACCCACGGGGCAGCGCGGCCGGCCGCCUUCGGCCCGCCGGAGCGCGGGCCCCUCGCCUUCGCCUGCCACCUCUGCGGCGCCCGGUUCCCCUCGGCGGAUAUCAGGGACAAGCAUCGGCUGUGGCACGCCGUGCGGGAGGAGCUGCUGCUGCCGCCGCCGCCGCCCGCCGGCGUUCCCGAGGGCGGCGCGGCGGGCGGCGAGCGGCAAGGCUUCCCCUGCAAGCACUGCCCCGCCACCUUCUUCAGCGCACCCGGGCUGGCGCGGCACGCCAGCAAGUGCCACCCGCCGGAGAGCAGGCAGGUCCUGCUGCUCCAGGUGCCCGUCCGGCCGGGCUGCUAG